AACUGCUUUAAUUCUUCUUGGCACAGUCAACAUGCAUUCCCCAAAGUCUUGAGCUAUUUCUCAUUUCUUUGUGUUGCUUGGAAAAUAGUUGCAGUGAUUUUUAUCAUUUGAAUAAAGUACAAUUCAAUUCUGAGUUCAUACAGUUCUAACAAGCUUGAAACUCAAUAUUUGGUAUGAGCCAUCCUUAAGCUGGACUAACUGAAGGCAAAAAUCAUCUCUCACAUCUUGUGUCGGGUCUUAGCUAGAUUUUUUUUUUUUUCUUAUGCGCUUAAGCACAUAGAUGUGUGCAGGUUUUGGCCAACAGUUCUUUGGGAAUCACCUUGUUGGUGCAAAAAUGCUAGUUUGUGCCUGUCACACUUUAAUCUUUACCAUUUUCUACAGAUUCAACUAAAGAAAUAGUUACUACGAGCCUCUAAUAACACCUACUUUAUUCCAAAGUGGCUAAAUAUAUAACUUGGUUCUUUGUUUGUUAUGUGCAAACACAACACCGGUUCAUCCCUUGAGUGAGGUGCCUUUUUUUUUUUUAAUGCAUGGAUGAUUCAUAGGUCAGUGUUAAGUGGCUUAAAAAAGAAAAACAUUCCUGUGAAAAUGGACAGGUACAAGAACUGGACUGAAAAUGAAUGAAAAAGCAGCCAAUGUCCAAAGAAAACUUUGAAAGAUUUCCAGAAAAUGGCCUUCAGAAACUAUUUCUUAAGACCACUUUGAGAAAGGUUUGGCUCCCUGGGGAAAAAAACAACUGUAAUUGACACUUUUACACAGUACUGUGUAACAAGACGAGAAACAUGAGCACCCUUAAAUAAAUGCCCUGCAAGUUAAACAGUUAUCCAGUGCUCCUAAAAGUCCAUUAAGUUCAUAUAUUUGCUCUGUACAUGUGUUUCAGGAUGAAAAGAGUGCUUUCUCCCUGUACUGGUCUUGUAUGCCCUGCAGAGACAGGCUGUAAUCAGCAGGAACGUAAUUAGAGAGUAUUCAGUGCAGGCCAAAAAAAAGUUGUGGAACUCGCCCCACCAAGAAUAGAAAUACCCUUUUCCGAAGAACUUGAGUAUAACAUGUACCAACUGCAACAUAUUUGUUUUAAAGAUAAACACUGAGGCUAAAGUUGUAUCCGUCAGUCAGACCGUGAAUGGACGAGCACAUACUGUGGCAAAUUAGCCUUUCAUUGCAAAUAAAGACUAUUUCCAUUUGUAGAGCAUCCUGUGUAUCUUUUGUCCUAUCACCAUGCUCAGGUCAAAUGUUUCUCAAAAAAAAAAACAUAUGUAGGAUAAAAAUAUCUGGUCCCAAAUGGCCGGCUACAUGAACUUACUAAGAGUUGGGCUGUUGGAGGAUAGAAAGUUCAGAAAGAAGGAAAAAGAGGGAGGAGAACCUGAAGAUGGAGGGCUGGACAUGAGUUUGAGGUGAGGAUACGUUUAAGAGCUCAGUAAAACAACAAGUCAGCACAAGUCAGCGGGGAGGGCGAAUGCUCGGAAACUGUCUUCCACUCUUACUUUCUCGUCUGUCUGUCUUGUCUUGUCUCCCCCUUUCCCCCCUCUGUCUGCAGUCUUACUCGCUGCUUUGUGCUGCACAGAAGAGAAGCCGAGGCUAGCACAUCCUGACUCAAAGAGAAGAUGAAGUCUCACUUGGUGUUUCAGGUCUCCUGUGUGACCCUGCUCUCGCUGUGCUGCUCUGUGUGUCACGCCACACCUCUGUUCUACAACAUAUCCAUGGACGGCAGCGGGGAUGAAGCCGAGCUGGAGCUCCUUUUCCCGGUGUCUUUCUCCACCCGCGUGCCUGUUCACGUUACCGCUGCUACUGGGGCUCCCACUCUCACCAACACCAUAACCACCACCAUGAUCCGUCUGAAGGACUACGUCCUGACCCGAGUAGUGGACUUCCUGCAGGAGAACAUGCUCAUCAUCAUCGUGGUGACCUCUCUUCUCAUUGUCAUGGUCUUCAUCAUCUGCUGUGCCUCUGCAAUGAGUCACAAGCGCAAGCUGGAGGCCUAUAAGCCCCUACCUCAUCCACCCAGGAAGUAUACGGCUGAUAAAGCCGGAGGACGCAAGGAUUCAAGCGACCUGCAGGAGAAACCGUACGCAGUCGAUCACGUCAAGAGGGUCCAGACUCAGGGCAUGUCCUCCCCGAAGAACCUGCGCAUGCCCACCAAGGCGCUGGUGGGAGAGAGAGGGAGAGACGUCCGGUCAUCACCUCGACAGGAGGUCAGAAAGGUCAGAGAUACAGAGGCGGUAGAAAAGCGGAGAGAGGAACCAAAACACAAAGAGAAGGUGAAGCACAGGGAGGAGGUUCAGCAGAGCUCCAGUCCCAGCACCAGCUCCAGCUCCAGUCAGCCAGUCUGCACCUGCCAUCUGAAAAAAGGCCACCACUAGGUCACAGUGGUGGGCUUUCUCGCUUUUUAAACAAGAUCAGAAACGGGCAAAGGCAAAAUGUGUCCUCAAAAUGUGUUUUCAUUAGAAUAGCCUUACAGAGGGAAAUAGGUCUAUAUUUAAGUGAAGUCAUGCCUCAUGAAGAAAAAUUACCCAUCAUUAAAGUCUAAGAUCUAGAUUUAAAUAUACAGUGAAGAGGAUUAUUACCCGAAUCACUGGUUACUGAAAAGUUUACAAAAGGUACAGCUUAAAUUGUUUGAUUGAUAAGCAGGCAUGAGGAAAGAUAGCAGCAUACUGAGACCCUUUUAACGGCCACUUUGUCUUCAGGUGCCGAAAACAACCUGAGCUCAGCACGGCAAGCACAUGAUUUUUCUUUUUCCUGUAAUUACUGAAAAAAACAUAACACCACUGUGCUACUGAGGCAGUAAAACUUUAUAUAAUAAGUAUUCUUUUCCUGUGAAUAACACUUUCAAAGGGAACAAAAAUAAAGUAUUAUUCCACAUACCUGCCCAAAGGAAUCUCCUCAUUAUGUCCUGCUGGAGUGAAAACAUCUGGAUCCGUCAUUUAGAGCAACACGUUCGGUGCUGUAAAUAAGUCAAGGUGAAAUGUCAGUAAACUUGACGCGAUAAGCAGCAAAACGUUCUUUUUAUAUUUACAGUUAUAUUUACUUCAUCUUGUUUGCAUCGGGUUGUUAAGUUUUAUAUGAUUAUCGUAUUUUAUUUUAAAAACCAAAACGUAUAAACAAAAGUAAACAUUUUUAACUGUGUUAUUUUUAGGUAUCUGAAUAAAUGUUCUGUAUAAAUUACCACAAAUCUACUAUGUGUACUGCAUGUCAUGGUAAAAAGAGAUCACAGUGUGUUUCAGUUCUAAGGUUUCACGUAUCAGGACAUAUUAAAGAACGAUCAGGUCUUAAAAUGAAAAACUCGCCCAAAAUGCAGAAGCAGAGUGUGAAACAUUAAGUAGGCUCCUUUAGCAGCGAUAAUCUGAAGUCAUCGUUUUCUGAAUGCCUUUAUGAAUCUCUCACCUCGUUGUGGAGGAAGUUUGGGCCAUUCUUCUUUACAGCAGUGCUUCAGUUCAUUGAGGUUUGUGGGUAUUUGGUUAUCCGCAGCUCUUUCGAAGGUCUUCCUGCAGCAUUACAAUCGAGCUGAGAUCUGAAAUUUGGCUGAACCAUUGCAACAAUCUGUCUGAAAAAGAAAAGAAUCAUUCUGUUGUAGAUUUGAUGUUGUGUUUGGGAUCAUUGUCCUGAUGUAUUACCAAAUUUAGGCCAAGCGUAAGCUGUCAGACAGAUGGUCUCACAUUAGACUCAACAAUACUUUGGUAUGCAGAGGAAUUCAUGGUGAACACAGUGGCUGCAACCACCGUGCUUGACAGUUGUUAUGAAGUGUUUGUGCUGAUAUGCUGUGUUCGGUUUUCCCCAAACAUGGUGCUGUGCACAGUGACCACACAUGUCUGCUUUGGUCUUGUGGUUUAAUCAGAUGUAACUCAAACCUAAGCAUCUCUACUGGCAACCCUUCCAAAUAAGCCACAUUUGUUAAGUCUUUUUUUGAUAAUUGUUUUGUCAUGAACUUUAACAUUUAACAUGCUAACUGAGGCCUGCACACUCUGAGGUGUAGAUCUUGGUGGCCGGGGACCUUGUGGUGAAUUUGCUGGGACAUUUUCCACUUGUGAAUUAUAUUUCUCACUGUAGAGUGAUGGAGUUCACUUUGAUGGAAGUGACCUCAUGACCUUUCCCACACUGAUGACUGUUGCUGAUGUAUUUCAUCCUCAGCAUUGUGUUAACACACCUGAAUACCACAGACCUACAAACCUCUGAUUUUAUGAACGUGCCAAUGAUUAGUUAAUCAAAUGCAUUUGAUCAGCAGUACCUGGCUGUUAGUUACCCACUUACUUCAUAAUGGAAGGGUGGACUUAGUUUUCACACACUGCUUCUGCAUUUUGGCUUAGUCUUUGUUAAAUCAAUGACAUGUUGUAAUAUGUCACAAGAUGCUGUUCUGAACUGGCUUGAACUGAAAGAGGGUGCGCUUUCUUUGUACAAUGACUGUACAUAUUUAUUUGGCUUACACCUUUGACCUGCUCUCAAUGGGCAAAUGUAUUUAAAAAAAAAGUAGGGAGUAGAAAACAAAUGUUUAAGUUUUUCUUUUAAAUAAUUAGUACAUUUAUGUAUACGAUAAAUUAUGCUUUUUUUAUUUUAAGUGUAAAAGUUUGAAAUGUGAGUAGAAGGAUAGACAGUUGGCGUGUUUAGCUUACGUGUAUAGGCUUGACAGAUGCAUAUUUGUCUCUCUUAUCUGAUUUUAUUUGAUUAAAUUACUCUGUCCUGUUGUUAAGUUAAUGACCUUGAGUCUCUAAUCUAAGCCUGAAUUAUGUGCCAAUGCUUUUGUCAUGCUGACAUACUGUUUUCCGCCUAACCUCAACCACAGUUGCUUUCUUUUUGACACUUGAAUUGUUUACAAAAAGACCGUUUUGUUUUGCAUAUAUUUAAUAAAGCUA